AUGACGUGGGUUGAGAUGCAAAGUUAUUGUCGACCAGAUGGUGGCGGAACUAAUAUCUUUCCUCAAUUGAUUACUGAUCCAGCUAACUCAAGUGCCUUAAAAAUGACUGUUCCUCCUCACUCAGCUGGCUCUAGUUCUUGUCCAAUGAGUAGCGGAGGAUUCUGCACAGGUGGUCAUGGAGUGAGAUAUGAGUAUAAAAUUACUAUUUUGGGAAUGACGGAUUCUUAUGGAAUGACUGCCGACGAUGAUAAUUCAGGAGUUUUUGCUUUUCAAGACAGAAAUAAAAUUGGAAUUCAGCAAUUUGGGAAUGUGAUAAUUGAUCGGACUAUUAAUGAGCCGGAAGGAAUGCCAUCUAGUUCGACAUUACCAGCCACUGGAAUUACUCCUGCUACUGUUCCUGCUACUCCUUUCAACCCCAAUCAAUUUCCCCAAUCUGGUAAUCUAAUGCCUAAUCCAACUGGUUCAGGAGAACAAGAAUUUCCU